AACCGUUCAACGUUUCAAUAUAUCACCUUAUGAAAUUUACAUUAUCUAAUCAUGAAAUAUAUAACGAAGUUGCAAUAAUAUUUAAAAAUAUAAACGAGUCUACUUCUAAAAUAGCCAUGAUUAACUAAUAAUAAGUGUAAAAAGGAAAAUGCUAUAUGAAAUCAAUAAUCUCUCUCGAAUAAUCGGUAGAAAACAAUAUGAAUACAUGAGGAAUUUUUACAGCAAACGUUCUUACAAUGUGCUUUUUUUUGGCUCUGACAGUAUAGCACUUAGUAGUUUGAGGAAAGUAAACGAAUUCAGGAAAAAUAGCCAUAAAAUUAAAUGUUUAAACAUUGUUACAAGUAACACUUCAAAAAAUAGGACAGUAAUUGAAAAAUAUGCUGCAAGUGAAAGAUUACAAAUAUUAACAUGGCCUCUUACAAUUCAACCUGGAGAAUAUGAUAUUGGAUUAAUUGUUGCAUUUGGUCAUUUAAUCAAACACUCAGUUCUACAACAUUUCCCUAUGGGAAUGGUAAAUGUACAUCCAAGUUUAUUACCAAGGUGGCGUGGAGCUGCACCUAUCAUUCACACAUUAUUACAUGGUGACCAAAUAACUGGAGUCACACUUAUGAAAAUCAAACCUGAUGUAUUUGAUGUGGGUGAAAUUAUAAGUCAAAAAAUAGUUCCAAUUUCACAAGAUAUAAGGUUACCAGAAUUAACUGAACAACUGUCAGAGAUUGGUGCAGACAUGUUAGUGCAAUGCAUAGAAUCAUUACCAGACAGUUUGACCCAGACUAAACCACAAAGUUCGGAGGGUGUUACAUAUGCUAAAAAAAUUAAUAAAACUUUAAGUGAAGUAAGAUGGACAGAAAUGGAUGCAUUACAAGUGUAUAAUCUCUAUCGAGCAAUAUAUGGUUUAUAUCCAUUAACUACAAAAUUUAGAGAUAAACAGAUGAAAUUGUUUAAUGCUUUCAUAUACGAUAACUAUGUUGCAGACCCCAGCGUGCCAGUAGGAACACUUGAAUUUUGCCAAAAAUCAGAAGCCGUUAAGAUAUUAUGUAGAGAUAGAAAAUAUAUACAUUUCAAAUCGCUCAGAAUAGUAGGUAAAAGAGAAAUAUCAGCGUUAGAUUUUUAUAAUGGUUAUAUAAAAAAUGUCUCGGAAGAUAAACGAAAAUGUUCUGUCUUACAACGUACAAAUUAAUACAAAUUUUGAAAGCAGUCAUGCCUUUUAUUCAUUAGAAACAACCAAUGCUUAUCUUAGUGGUCGAGUUAAAUACAAUGAUAAAAUUUAGCACAAGCGCCAUACUUUUUAUGAUUCUAUUUAUAUCUCUUUAACAUUAAGUACAUUUGUUCUUUUAUACGACUAUCCAAUGUUAAUUUCAACACUUAAGUUGUUAACAAUAAUUAUAUGUUUAUCAACAUCAUGGGGAAGAAGAUUGUUAAUAAUGGGGAUCAGGGGCCCCAGUGCUAGCAAUUAUCAUGUCCAGUUAACGUCCACUACGGCUCUCCCUUAAAACCGUCGUGGUUUAUUUCCAAUUGGAAUUCGACAUGAUGGGCAGCUGACUUGAUUUCAUGGUCAUCCUAUUAUCCUCCACUAUGCCCCGCUACCAUAAACCGUUAACGCAGCCAGAGACAUUAACCG